AUGGGCGAGGGAACUAUUCCCGACCCCUAUUCGCUUCAUUCGGACAGGACAACAGAUUUUUCGCUGUUAUUGAAUUCCACCUGGGGCGACAUUUACGCAUAUUUAAUUGUAAGAGAGGGAUAUGACCACGAAAGUUUAAAGGCUUACAAAUCAUUGGCAAGAUGUAGAUUACACUGGGACGAACAUGUGCAAAGCCUCCCAACCAACAAAUCACUUUUUUGUGGAUGCCACCUUAUAAAGUUCAGCGUGAAACUGACUGAACGAGAGAGACCUCAAAUGGACAAUGAGCCAACCUAUGAUGGCUGGCUAGUUACAAAGUAA